AUGAAUAAGUUUUUGUUGCUCUCUUUGAUAAUUUCAAUUUCUUUGGCUUCUCUGGAUGAUUAAGAUCUCAUUUAGAAAUAUUCCAUUAAAAUCCAUGAGAGAGGCAACAGACAAAGUUACCCAGAGAAAGGAGAUUAAGUGAAAGUACAUUAUACAGUAAAAUAAUAUAAAUACACAAGGGUAAAUUACUUGAUGGCACUAAAUUCGAUAGCAGUAAGGACAGAAACUAACCAUUUGAAUUCAGAGUGGGAAUUGGACAAGUCAUUAAAUGUUGGGAUGAUGUAGUAUUAAAUUUAACACUUGGCGAUAAAGUCACCGUUAUUUGUCCAUCUGCCACAGCAUAUGGAAGUAGAGGAGCAGGAAGAGUUAUUCCACCAAACUCAGAUUUAUAAUUUGACAUUGAAAUGCUUGGAUUUAGAGAUUAAGAAUUAUGAAUAAAUAAUUUACAUAAAAAGUAUAUAAAUUGUAU